AUGGAGGAAACAAUAGAUGAAUCAACAAUCAGGAAGUUUAUUCAUAGGAUUUUCAGGAAAAGCAAUAACAUCGGGUAGGAUUUCCCCUCACCCGUUAAUGUUUGUGUUGUCCCAUAGCUCUGCAUCAAAAGCAUGCUUCUGACUGUAUACACAGGUAGCUUGUGGUUAUCUCCAUUUAAAAAAAAACGAUAUAAGCUUACACGGAACGCGUUGCUAGAAGGGGAACAUUAGAACUUGAGGAAACAAAUUAACUGGUUUCCCAAGGGACUAAAAAGGAAAACCCCACCUCAAUGAUCUUUCAUGCAAAAAAUCACCUUCCUUUAAAGAUGCAGGAUGGUUUGAGGGGUGCAUAUUAGAUCAUUAAGGUUUAAUAAUUUCCACUUUUCUUUGUAGGACACUGACAGUAAAAUCAGUUCGAGAACAAUUUUUAAAGUACACAGGAAAAGAAAAACUUGAUGCAGAGCAAAAAGAGCUCUUCAAGAAGAAUGUGCAUGACAUUUAUACUGAGUAUGCCAACAAACAGGAAGGGAAAAGUAAAGAGGAAGGUAAGAGUUUUAUCUUUUUUUGUAAGAAAGAUCAGCCCAUCUGGGUCUAGAGUGCUAAACUGUAGACAAAGCACUAAAGCCAAUUGUGAUAUGCAAAAAUUAAAAAGAGAAGUGCCUCGAUUUCAUGCAAUAAAAGGACUUUUAGAAAGUGUAGUCUACAGAUCCAAAGGUUGGUGUGUUAAACACCUAGGGAACAACCCCUUCACUCCUAAGCACACUUGCAAAUGUACUGGCCUCAGUUGUUCAAAGAGCAGAUAGCGCUAUCCACUAGAUGGUAGGAAAACUAAUAAAUUGCUUAUGUAGUGGAUAGAGGUUUAUCCAGCGGAUGGAGCUAUCCACUUUUGAACAACCAGGGCCUGUUGUAUUACAAAAUGCAAAACAUUUUGUGCUAUUUGUUCUAGGAUCAGAUGGGGAAGACUCCACUGAGACAUCAACUGUAGAUGAUGAAGAUGACACAGCAUCCUCAACAUCUACCAGCCCAGCCGAGAAGAAAAGGAGGACAGAAGUCAGUAAUAAAUCAACUUACAAUUAUUCAAAUAAGGAGGAAAUUAAUAACAAUGAUGAUUGGGAUACUAGUACAUCUAGAGAGAAGAAAAAUCUCAAAAAGAGGCAAACCAAUAAACAAAGAUCAGAAGAUGAGGACAGAGAGAAAGCCAAUGAACCUAAGAACAAAGAAUCACCCCAAAUAAAGUCUGUUGUUGUCAACAGUGAUGAGGAAAAAUCAAGCAAGAAUAAAGUGAUGACAGACAAUAAUGCACAAUUUAAUGGCAGAAAGAGAAAGUCUGUAGAAUCUAGUGAUGAAGAAGAUGAGGAGAACAAGGAACAGGAGGUUGAAGAGAAAACUGUGUUUAUGUCAAACAAAGAAGCAACACACAGAAUUGAUGAGGAGGAUGAUUAUGCAAAUUCCAGCAGCAGUGAAUCAGUUGAGGAGGAUCAGAAACAGCAGACUGGAAGAAAACCGUCCAGAAGGAUCAACCAGAACCUAGAUGAAGAUAUUGAUAGAUCCAAAAAGAAAAAACUGAAAAAGAAAUCAAAGGUGACUCAUUGACAUAGUGUAUAUUUGAACAACUAAUUAAAAGGGCUUUUGUUAUUUUCACUGUAUAUUUUAGUAAUCUAUUGUUCCUUCAAACAAUUGUUGAAGGUUAUUAUCCUUUUUUUCCUUAACAAAACAGACUAGUCCUGGUUCUGGACAAAGAAAGAAGAAAUCCUCACCGCCUUCGGAAGAUAGUGCAAAGCUGCGUAACCUGAAGAGAUACGCUAGAACUUGUGGAAUGCAUUUUAAAUAUGUUGAUAUUUUUGCUGAUUGCAAAUCCAUGUCCCAGAAGGAGAGAAAGUUAGACAAAUUGAUACGAGACAGAACUGGGUUUGAAGGUAAUGCAUUCCAAAGAUUGUUUAUGGUACCAUUAAUCCUCUAUUAAGCCCCUUUUCAAAUAAGCCCCCCCUUUUCGGGGGAAGAAAGUUAAUAAGCCCCCUUCUCUUUUAAGCACCCCUCCCCUCCCCAUUAUUAUUCUUCACAAAUAAAUUUUAUACCGUAUUAAUCAAUCAUGACUUUACAACUUCGUGUGAACUGAUCUGGGAUGGUUUAUUCACAAACUGGAACUUCGGAUUUGUUUCUGAUCCUCUGCUGCAUGGCCUCCAACUUCUUGCACUUGAGCUUUUUUCACUUUGUAUUAUAGCUCUUUAUGGAGAACUGAUACCAUUAUCUUUGCUAAAUUAAAUACGCCCCCCUCUCAAAUAAGCCCCCCAUCUCUAUGAAGCUCCCCCUCCUCAACUGUGUUUGUAAGACAGUUGAACCCUCACUAACAGCCACGUCUCUACAACAGCCACUUUUUUUUGUCCCGGCAGACUGUCCAUACAUUUACUCUUUUUUAAACCUCUCUACACACUAACGGCCACUAAAGCGUGUUCCCAACCGCAAAAAUAUCCUUGACAAUGGCCAGUUUUUUCAGUGACUGAUGAAUAAGUCAGGAAUGGUCACGAAAUUUGAUCCAUAAGGUGUGUUGAUGAUUAAUAAUUGCGGCAACGUAUUUUGAUUGUGUUCCAUUUAUACUGCUGCAUUAAGUAUAAAUUGUCUACGAUACUUGUUCAUUUUAUGAUGUCAACAUUUUGAUUCAAAACAUUAUUCAAGUUUUUUGUGUGUGUAUUUUAUCUCUCUGUAUAUUAUUUAUGAUUGGAUUAACAUUAUGGGAUACAACAAGCAAGAAGGUAGCACAAUAAACAUGUUGUACCCCCUAAGAAGAAUUUGUCAUAUGACACCCCUACCCCCCCACAAUGGCUACCUUUCCACAACGGCCACUUUCUUCUGCCCCCAAGGUGGCCAUUGUAUAGAGGUUCGACUGAAAUUAAGCCUCCCCCCCAUGGGGUAUAAUAGAGGGUUUACGAUAUUUUAUCCCACGCAAAUUUUUCACUUUAGCAACAAUUCUCUAAAGAUGUCUUAAACUGCACGAACAUCUUUUGAGUCAUGUUCAUAGAUAUGUUCUUGUGUGUUUAGGAAGGAUAACACUUCAAAUGUGUGUGAAGUACAAGAAAAAGAAAGAAGAAGAGGAUGAAGUAGCUGAGCUAGACUGUAGAAACAUUAUCACAACUGGUCAGUAUUUGCCACAGGUUUAUAUAUUUGAUGUAGUAAUCUUUUAAUAGGUUAGGUCAUGGCAUUUUUGGAAUGACUUUGCUUAUUUUGUGAACAAGCAUUUUAAGAAUUAAGUAUCAGCGGAAAAAAACGCCUUUCAGCGGAAAAGUCAUUGCCACUUAAUUAUGGUUACUAAGCUUAUAUAUUAUAAGUGACAUACCUUUAUACAAAUUGAGAAAACUUGACAGACUGUUUUUGAAUUUUAUCUUUAUUAAAUCCGUUUUAAUCUUCAGUUUCACCUCCUUUUUGUGAAUUUCUCUUGUGUUCAUCUAAAGUUUGAGGUAGCUGAUAAUUCUGUGUUUGUUUUUCCAAAGUAGCAUGAUUAUGGCGGCUCAUCAGCUGACUGGCUGUACUCCUAAAAUUUGUUACCAGAGAAGGAUUUCAAUUGCUAGUUUUUAAUGUAUAUAGCUUUAACUGAUAAGUUCUAAUUCAUCCUGUUGUUGCAUCUUCACUUACAGAUAGCAAUGGUCGCCGUCCAACAAGAAGCGCACGUACAGGUUCAGUGAACCAGCCAUCCGCCAGCGCUACCAACAUAAACACAGAAGCCGGCCCAAGUGUAUUCAGUCGUCUUAAGGGCGUAGUGGACAGUGAUGAAAGUGAAAGUGAUUCCGCAAAUGAAAAGAAAUCAGAAAAACAAACACAACAUGAUUUUGAUGUCAGGGAGGAGGACAUUAAUGAAAAUAAAAAGAAAAGGCGAAGGGUAAACAGCAGUUCAGACGAAGAUGAUGACUAGGGACUUGUCUCAGUGCUUUAUGCCGCGUAUAAGUUGUACCAAGCCAGAACAGUUUUUAGUUGAUUGUGGUAGACCUAAUAUCAGAGUCUCUAUCAACUUCGACCAUUUUAAGUCAAAGCAGCUCAAAGUCAUUUACUGUNUCGACUGAAAUUAAGCCUCCCCCCCAUGGGGUAUAAUAGAGGGUUUACGAUAUUUUAUCCCACGCAAAUUUUUCACUUUAGCAACAAUUCUCUAAAGAUGUCUUAAACUGCACGAACAUCUUUUGAGUCAUGUUCAUAGAUAUGUUCUUGUGUGUUUAGGAAGGAUAACACUUCAAAUGUGUGUGAAGUACAAGAAAAAGAAAGAAGAAGAGGAUGAAGUAGCUGAGCUAGACUGUAGAAACAUUAUCACAACUGGUCAGUAUUUGCCACAGGUUUAUAUAUUUGAUGUAGUAAUCUUUUAAUAGGUUAGGUCAUGGCAUUUUUGGAAUGACUUUGCUUAUUUUGUGAACAAGCAUUUUAAGAAUUAAGUAUCAGCGGAAAAAAACGCCUUUCAGCGGAAAAGUCAUUGCCACUUAAUUAUGGUUACUAAGCUUAUAUAUUAUAAGUGACAUACCUUUAUACAAAUUGAGAAAACUUGACAGACUGUUUUUGAAUUUUAUCUUUAUUAAAUCCGUUUUAAUGUUCAGUUUCACCUCCUUUUUGUGAAUUUCUCUUGUGUUCAUCUAAAGUUUGAGGUAGCUGAUAAUUCUGUGUUUGUUUUUCCAAAGUAGCAUGAUUAUGGCGGCUCAUCAGCUGACUGGCUGUACUCCUAAAAUUUGUUACCAGAGAAGGAUUUCAAUUGCUAGUUUUUAAUGUAUAUAGCUUUAACUGAUAAGUUCUAAUUCAUCCUGUUGUUGCAUCUUCACUUACAGAUAGCAAUGGUCGCCGUCCAACAAGAAGCGCACGUACAGGUUCAGUGAACCAGCCAUCCGCCAGCGCUACCAACAUAAACACAGAAGCCGGCCCAAGUGUAUUCAGUCGUCUUAAGGGCAUAGUGGACAGUGAUGAAAGUGAAAGUGAUUCCGCAAAUGAAAAGAAAUCAGAAAAACAAACACAACAUGAUUUUGAUGUCAGGGAGGAGGACAUUAAUGAAAAUAAAAAGAAAAGGCGAAGGGUAAACAGCAGUUCAGACGAAGAUGAUGACUAG